AUGGCCUCCGAAGAGCCCUCAAACACGGCAAGCCUGGGGUCGCAGGAGGACAACAAUAUUGCAAAGUUGAAAGCACUGCUCAAGUCCAAAGACGACACACAACGUUUUGUCGGAUUGGCUCUGCUAAAGUCGCUCCUGGACAAUACGCCCGAGAUCCGAAACGAUGAAGCAGCGCUUCGCGACCUGUGGUCUCGCAUUUCUCCCAAAUUUCUAGAUCGCCUGCUGCGCACAGGGUCCAACCCUUCCAACACCAACGCCAAGGACAUGCUAGAUAUUGGCGUAUCCAUACUCUAUACGUUUUCCGUUCUUCUUCCAGGUGCAGACACGGCGUCGGCGUCUUUCACAGAUCGCGUGCCCAGCUUAGUUGCGGCGGCGCUGUACAGCAAGGGAGAGACGACACGGCUCCUGCUCCAGCUUCUGUAUACGCUUGUCAACUCAAAGGAUGGCGCUGCAGCCUUUAUGGAAGUGGAGGACACGACGCCUCUCACGGAGAUUGCCACGAGCCAUGCCAUGGUGCUCGACAUUCUCUGCCGUGCUUGGUUGAACAACAUGGCAAGCGGCGCAGCUGGCGCAGGCCUUUCGCAGAAAAUAGAGGCCGUCUUGCAGAACUUGGUUGUUUUGUUCAAGGGAACAGAUGCGGUGACAUACUUGGCAUUCUUGGGAACAUUUUUCAGACAGGCUACGCCAGAGGCUAUCCCCAAGAACCCGAAAUGGAUAUCGCCAACAGCUUCAUACAUACGGCGUCUUGUUACCAGCAGGCCUACCCCGGAAGCCCGUUCUGCAUACACAAGCGCAGCGGCUGCCCUUCUGCAAACAUAUCCUGAGCAAGCAUCUGAACUUCUCUUCAAAGACAAUUCCAACACUGAAAAGCCGUUUGGAUACCUCUUCGUCAACCUCCUCCUCAUUGACAUCCGUUCAUCAAUCCCCACCCUUCUCGCAUCACUCAACUCCCCCGGAUACAAGCAGACGUCGAGGCAUCUUGCCUCUGAUUUCGACAUUAUCUGCAUCUUCAUCGGCCAUCUCGUGCGCUCUCUCGAGGACGAAUCCCUCGAGACCCUCAUCAUGCCCCCCGACAGCCUGCUCCGCAUCCGCAAGAGCAUAUCAGAGACCAUGUCCGUGACCAUCGAGUACAUCCGCGACCGCUGGGACGCCGCACGCUCCGGCGCCAUGGGCCUCGAUCCCAGCGCGCGGCCCAGCAAGGCCGAGACGAGCACGGGCUCGCAUCACACCCUGGCCUGGGAUUCAAUCGCCGACAUGGCCGAGGAGGACCCAUUCAUGCUGUCCGCGCUGCGUGCGCUGGCGCUUUGGCUGCGAGAAGACGAAAACGACCAGCUCAGGAAAGAAGGCACGGGACUCAUGGACAUUCUCAUAGAGCUCUUCACCAGCAGCCCCGGGUCGAAGCUGGACUUCCGCCCAUCUGUGCUCGUGGGCCUGGAAGGUCUUGUGGCCAUUGACCAGGGCCGCGAGAUCUUCUUACAGAACAACGGCUGGGUGGUUCUGAGCAGAGACUUGGUCCAUACUAUACAGAGCCAUCGUGAGCUCAAGGACGAACGAGAGGCCACGAUAUGCGUCGACAUUGUGCGAAUUCUGCUCGCAGUCGCCGAGGGAGAAAAGACGACGGCAGAGACCUGGCUCGAUCUCAUCACCGGCGUGGCGGCAUGGGACGUCCCCGAUGGAAGCACCACUGCAUCCGUCGCCCGAGACGCCCACGUCGCCGUCCUGCAGCUCUGCUGCACGGUGCUCGUCCAGGCCAAUUCGGGCAUGCGCAGCCGGUACCAGCACUCCAUUGCCGCGAUUGCGGGCAUCGCGACGCGGGCGAAUGCGCAGAUUGGCCAGCUGAGCGAGUACAGCGAGCAGAUGGAGGACGUCAUGACGACAUUGGAUAGAUUAAGAUGA